AUGCCUAUUAAGCUUCCCAAGAGCUUUGGCCGGCGAAAGUCGUCAGGCAACAUCCUGGAGGACGUGGAGGAGCCCAAUUCUCCCUCGUUUCGAGUCUUCGAACGCCCUGGUCCCAAUCGAUCCAUGACCGAUGCGAGGGGAAACAUUGUGCCAUCCAUGCUGGAGGAUGACAACAUUUUCAUCGACCCGGAACAACCUUUGGGCAAAUCUCGGUAUGACCGCUCCUGGUCCAUAGUUCAUCCAUUCAAGUCCCGGAAACCCAAACUGACUCCACGUCGCCGUAGCGGUGCCACCUACGAAAGCUCAACUUCAACCCGUUUAAGCUCCUCCUCUACUCAACCCUCCUCCACGGAAGUUCCCCCGCCCGACGAUCGCUCUCCGCAUGCCAGAGUCCAUGACAUUCCUGUUCCCCCUCCUCUCUCCGGAGCCCUACGUGCUGCAGGCAGGACGUUCUCUUUUGGUGGCCGAUUCAAAUCAAAUAAUUCAAUUCCCCCAGCCCCUCCACGACAUGCUACCCCUGACCAAACAAGUCGGCAGCGGACCGUCUCCGGAGGUACGGACGAUACAGCGACUCCUCCAAAACUAAUGGACUCGGACUUCAACCUUGCCGCAGGGGGUGACGAUUUCGGGAAGAUGUUCGAUCAUUUAGAUAAACCGGAUAAUGUUGUUUUGCGCGAUCGUUCUCCUCAGCGGACCUCCCAGUUUUCCUCUUCUCCGCCUACUCAGGCUUUACCAGAUUUCCAGGCCACUAGGGCCCCUCGACCGGCACCCAUUAGUACGGAUCGAUCAGUGCCCGUUGAGCCAUCCCCUUACUCAUGGGGUAGCCGUCAUUCUGAAGAGGGGUUACUGGGCGCCGAUGGAAACUCGCCGAUCGACUCUCCCCAGGAAAACAUUCCUCUCCGUCGUGCGUCGCCAGGUCCCAACCAUAUGCUCGGUGCUACGACCACCCACCGUGCCCUGGAGCGCCCCCGAAGACAGUCCGACUUCGAUGGAUUGCGUCGCAGCGUCGUGUUCGCAGGUAAACGAGACUCUAAUACAAUUGAUGAUGAGGAUGCUGCGAUGGUGAGAAACUCCCUGCUGUGGAGUAAAGGGAGCAGCUCUCCACCUCAGUGGGCUGAUCAUGCAUCUCCGUCUUAUGGCACCCCGCUCCUUGACAAAGGCAAAGCCGCAAGUUCUCCUGAAAAUCGGGAUCCCGAGCCAGAAUCUUUGUUCGUAGGCCGGCAAUCGCCAAACAAGAACCAACAAAAGGACUCCACGUUGGCAGAUGCUCGCCUUGCGAUUCAAUUCGCCGAGAGUCUGCCCAAGACGGCUUCCCCUGGCAACAAGGUGAUGACCCCGUCUCAGUUUGAGCACUAUCGCCAGCAGCAGGAGCUCCGACGCUCAAAUAGUAAUGCCACCAAGAGUGACGAAGAUUCUGAUAACGAUGAUAUCGAAGACGACGAAGACGAGAUUGAAAAGCAGCGCGAAAGAGAGCAACAACGGCGCAAGCAAGAAGCCAAUCUAUCCCUAUACCGUCAAUCAAUGAUGAAGGUCACCGGUCAGCAAGCCCCAUCACCAUUACUCCGCCCUGUCGUGAAUGGUGCCAGCAACAGCACUCCCAAUCUACACAGCAGUCUGCCCAAUGCAGGCGUCCCCUCCAGUGUCGGUAAGAGUAGCGAGGAUGACGACGAGGAGAUCCCACUGGGUAUUCUCGCCGCUCACGGGUUCCCCAACCGGAACCGCCCCCCUACUCGAUUGGCCAACGCGAGCUCUAAUCCGAACCUCCGCGCCUCAAUGCAUCCCUUCUCGUCUUCCUCUAGCUCGUUGGUAGGCGGCGUCGUCGGGAUCGAGCAGGGCAACCGAAACAGCACUUUGCCUGUCUUUGCUCGAAAUCUCCCUCCCGACCCAUAUUUCGGCGCUGGCUUGGUCAACCAUAGUAACCGAGAGUCCUUGGCCCUAGGUGGUGGCUCAGUUCAUGGGGGUGCCCCACCUGCAGUACCAGGUGGUUUAGUCGGCGUUAUUGCCAAAGAAGAGCAGGCUCGUGCUAUGCGAAGGGGCAGCCCCAAUACUCAAGCCAUGUUUGACAACGUGGGAGGAGGGGUCCCUCGGCCAUAUUCGAUGAUGGGCAUGGCCCCCCAGCCUGGCAUGCCUGCUAGCCCGAUGAGCGCAUCCGAACAAGCACAAGUUCAGCUCUCCAAACAGAUGACUGAUAUGAUGCAAGUGCAAAUGCAAUGGAUGCAGCAAAUGAUGGCAAUUCAAGGUGGCCAAGGGGCUCCACCCAUGAUGCAGCCACCUAUGAUGCAGGGUCCGCCCUCAAUGCAUGGUGGUAUGCCGCCGCCAAGUACGAUCGGACAGGCUCCAAUGCCUGGGACUCCACAGGGCCCUCCCAUGAUGGGCCCUCCGUCAAUUGCGCCCAGUGCUGGCAUGAGACCUGUUUCCAUGCCUGGAUACCCAGGGAAUCAGCCUGCUCGUGAUCAACGAACCUUGAGCGUGAUUGAUCCGAAUAUUGCUAUGCGCCGUACUGGGUCUCCCAUGCCUAACUUACAAGGAGCAAGUACCAACUUCCGCCCCAGCACUGGGUAUGCGCCGUCGAUCGCCCCCUCUGAGCGCAGCAAUGUCGGCCUUGCAUCUCGAUACCGACCUGUCUCGGUCAUGCAAGGCGAAGCUGGCUACUCCCAUACCUCUCCCUCAAAUAAGAGUUGGAAUGAUGAAAAUCGUCUCCAUCCUAAUAUUCCUACUUCUCAGUCCCACGGAAGCCUUGGGAAGAACACCACCAUUGCUACUGUGACUGUGAGACCUGUGUCACGAUCCAGCCAGGUACCAUCUGUGGGACCCAGAGCACCUGCUGGUUCUGAUGAUGAUGACGAUGAAGCCUGGGCUGAAAUGAUGAAGAAGCGUGAUAAGAAGAAGAGUGGUUGGAAGCUGAAGAAAGGAAACCCUCCCCUUGGAGAUAUACUCGGUGCAGUGCAUUAA